CCUCAUUCAAAGACUUUCCAUACAUCCUGAGUUAGCAACAAGGAGCAUAGCGUCUUUGUAUUUUAACUUAUAUUUAUUGUAAUAUAUUAUUAAGUGUGUAUUUAAAUCAAAAUGGACUUCUUCGACUCGCCAGUUUGUCCAAUCAGGCUACAAAAUUCGCCGAGGAAAUCCCGAGGACAGAUUCAGAUUAUAUUUGGGCCGAUGUUUUCAGGCAAAAGCACUGAACUGCUGAGAAGAGUGCGCCGUUUCCAGGUGGCCCAGUACAAAUGUUUGGUCAUCAAAUAUGCCAAAGACAUCCGGUAUUCAGACUCUGGCGUGGCCACACAUGACAAAAACACCAUGGAGGCCGUGCCUGCCACCUGUCUGGGAGACGUUCGCUCCGCCGCUCUGAAUGCCUGCGUCAUUGGGAUCGAUGAAGGACAGUUUUUUCCGGACACCGUGGAGUUUUGUGAGGAGAUGGCCAAUUUAGGGAAGACGGUCAUCGUGGCUGCGCUGGACGGGACGUUCCAGAGGAAGCCUUUUGGAAACAUUCUGAACCUGGUCCCUCUGGCAGAAAGUGUGGUGAAGCUCCACGCCGUCUGCAUGCAGUGCUACAAAGAAGCCGCCUACACCAAGAGGCUCGGAGCAGAGAAGGAGGUGGAGGUGAUCGGCGGUGCUGACAAGUACCAGGCGGUGUGCAGAACGUGCUACGGCGGUCUGGUGGUGGACAAAGAGAACAGCUCCGCCGUCAGGACCGAAACGCCGCUUCACGUGCCGACGGGAAAACUCGCCGACCCCAGCGUUCCCCGGAAACUGUUCUCCCCUCUGCACCUCUGAGCAGGAAACAUAAGACUUGAAGCAUCAAUUUGAACAAUCUGCUGUGUGUGAGAUGUGUGUCCAGUUGUAUUUGUUUUUCUUGAGUUUUUUGAUUUUGUGAUGAAUUAACAUCGCGACUCAAUAUUCUAAACUUUGUCUGAAUGAUGGGAUGUUUUGAAUGCUUGAAAGACAUCAAGUACUUUAUGUUUGCAUGAUUUGCAACAACUUACUAUUUAAUAAACAUUUUUGUUUAAUUCUGA